AUGGUGAAGCUGGCUCUAUUCUCAGGUAUUUUCAGGAAGAGACUAUUUGAAAACCCUUCUUUUAACUAUGCUGUUCAGUUAGAUAAUGAGGAACAAAUUACGAAUAUAUUUUGGGCAGAUUCUAGAAUGCUUAUUGAUUACAUUUACUUCGGUGAUGUGAUUAUUUUUGAUACAACCUAUGGUACUAACAAAGCUUUGAGACCUCUAGCUGUUUUUACUGGUUUUAAUCACCAUAGAGGUAUUAUAGUUUUUGGGGCUGCACUUCUAUAUGAUGAAACAAUAGCAUCAUUUAAGUGGCUUUUUAAGACAUUUUUAGCUGCACACAAGGAAAAAAUGCCUCAAACAAUUUUUACAGAUCAAGAUGCUGCAAUGGCUAAGGCAAUAAAUGAAGUGAUGCCAAACACAUUUCAUGGUUUAUGCAGUUGGUACAUAAUGCAAAAUGCCAUUAAGCAUUUGGCUUAUUUGCAAAAGGGUGAUUCUACUAUUCUGGAAGAGUUUGCGAAGUGCAUGUUCCACUAUGAAAAUUCUUUUGAAUUUGAAGAGGCUUGGGAUGCCAUGAAUGAUAAAUACAACACUCAUGAAAAUAGUUGGUUGCAGGGAAUUUACUGCUUGAAGAAGAAGUGGGCUACAUGCUACUUGAAAUACAUAUUUACUUUGGGGUCAAGGAGUACUCAAGCAAGUGAAAGUAUGAAUAGUGAUGUGAAGGAUAAUUUGCAAUAUGAUGUUAGUAUCGCCAAGUUUUUUGGUCACUUUGAGAGGGUAGUGCAAGACAAAAGACAUAAUGAGUUGAAAGCUGAUUUUGAUUCAAGGGAAAAGUCACCUACAUUAGCCUACAAAAACUCACCUAUGUUGCAACAAGCUUCAAAAGUGUACACACCUAACAUGUUUAAGAGAUUCCAAAAACAGCUUGAUUGUGCAACUGCAGCAACCAUAGUAUAUUCUGAUAAUAGCAAGGAAGUAGAGGAAUACAAAAUUAGCCUUUUAAAAUCAAAUGGACAAUGGGUUGUAUUGUUCAAUCCCAAAGACAAAACAAUCUCAUGUAGCUGUGGUCUGUUUGAAAGUCUUGGAAUUUUAUGUUGCCAUGCGUUGAAGGUCUAUGAUCGAUUUGAUGUAAAAUACAUUCCCGAAGCUUACAUUAUGAAAAGAUGGACAAGAAUGGCAAAGAGUGGUUAUACUGAAGAUGAGGGACAAAUUAUUGUUGAAGAUGUUAAUCUUCAAGUUACAAAAAGAUAUAGAAGUUUAUGUCCAAGGAUGGUACGAUUAGCAUCACGAGCUAGUGAAGAUAAGGAGAUAUUUGCUAUGGUCUUGGCAACAAUGGAGGAGCUGGAAAAGAAAGUUGAUAACCAGUUGACAAUGAAACAGGAUAUUAUACGUGAGUCAUCUCAGAAUGAGCAACCAUCCCAACUUGUAAUGGGGAACAUUAAAGGGAUUAAGAAGCGAGUAGUAGGUCGUAAGGGUGGGAAACAACCUUUAUCUUUUCUGGAGAGGCAACUAAAUGGAAAGGGAAAAAGAACCUCAAGAAAUAUAUCCAAGGACGAUGCUUCUUGUUCUCAAACUCCAACCAAUAACAUGGAAAUGCAAGGACAACUAUCAAUGCCAAUUUCAACAUUUGAAUCUCCUUUGGUGCAUAGGCCUGCAACCAGUUUCUUGGAAUUGUUAUCAGGACAAAUCUUUAUUGGUGCUAUUCAAUCCUCCCAAGCACCAUAUGACUUCAUGGAUUUGUAG